AAUUAGGCGAGGCGAAGCCGAGCCGUUUGUUUAUUUUUGUAGUGAUAUCCCCUUGGUACGAAGCGAAAAAGGUGACACACCGACAUCCCCUUGGAAUAAAGCGAAAACAGCGGUUGUAUAUAAAAAACUGUACUCACCGAGGCCGAAGGCCGAGGGAAGUUAACAGACAUAGUAUGAACAACAAAGCGACCCGCGCAACCGAGGCGAAGCCGAGGUGAGCGGACACAACGCCCCCCAACACUAAGGCCAACACUAAAAUUUUACUCAAAAAAAACUCAGCAAUCUGCUAAAACUAACGAUUCGUUAUCUAAUAAAAAGUAAAAACAGCAUAAAUAAGAAAAAAAAAAAUGUCAGAAAAACUCAGGCUGUCCUGCAUUUAACCGCUGCUUGCAGUUUCACUUUUGCGGUGUGAUUUUAUUUUAAAAAUAGUAUUAAUUAAAGUUCAGUGAAAAAUUAAGUGUUCUAAAUGUAUGUCGACUAAAUGGCCUUCCAUAUAAGUAGAAACGUGCACUACGCCAAGCAUUUUUCUCGCUCAUCAAUAUUUUUAGAACCAUUUGCGAAAUGUUCUACAAAAUGGCAUGUGUUUCACAGAGGAUAUUCUGAAAAGAAAAAUGAAUUGGUUCAGUCUGUUGUAAUAAAAAAUUUCAACGAACCUGUAACGAUAGAAACUAAAGAAAGUGUUGCUAAACUCAAACCGGGACAAGUUAGAAUCAAAGUACAUUGCUGCGCUAUCAAUGUCGCUGAUUGUUUAAUGUGGGCCGGUUUAUCUGAGAAUAAACCCAAACUUCCUUUUGUCCCUGGAUUCGAAAUUUCCGGCGAAGUAUUAGAAGUAGCUGAAACACCAAAGAAAAGCAGCGAAGAUGAAGAAAGUGAUAACGAAGAUGCUUUAAGAGUCGGUGAUCGAGUAUUAGCUUUGAAUAAAGAAACUUUGAAUGGAUUCUCUACCGAAUGUAUCUCUGACGUCAAAGAUGUUUUUUCUAUACCAUCGAGCGUUAGCUAUAAAAAAGCUGCUUCAUUAGCAGACAGUUAUGGUACUGCAUUAUUAGGUAUAUCUAGAAGAGGUAAAGUUCAAAAAGAUGAUAUUGUAUUAGUAACAGCCGCCGCAGGUGGAUUAGGAUUAGCAGCUGUGGAUAUUGCUGCAAAUGUCUAUAAAGCAAAGGUGAUCGCUGUUUGUGGAACUGAAGACCGAGCAUCUUUGGUCCGAGAUAAAGGAGCUUGGGCAGCAUUUACUUUCAGAGGUGAUAAAAUACUUAAAGAAGAAGUUUCGAAAAUUAGCAAUGGUAAAGGCGCAGAUAUAGUAUUUGAAGCUGUCGGAGGUGACGUUUUCAAAAGUGCCAUGGAAUGCAUUGCCGUUGAAGGUAAAGUGAUCGUUGGUGGAUUCACUUCUAGAGAUGCUCCUCAACUUCCUUUGAAUGAUUUAAUACAACUACCCUCGUUUAGUUUGAUAGGUGUUUCUUUAAGCAAUUACAGAAGUAAAAUGUUUCCUGUAUACAGACGUACAAUUAAUGAUGUGAUUGAAAUGUGUGAACAAGGUUUAAUUGUCCCUCAUAUAUCCGAAACAUUUCAAUUUAAAGAUAUCAACGAAGCUUUAAGUUACGUUAAGGAUAACAAAAGUACUGGUAAAGUAAUUUUAGAGAUAAUCAAAAAUUAAUUUAAAUUUAAAGUUCAUCGCAACUUUCUCAUACAACAUAGAUUUCAUGUUCUAUCGCUGUCGAUAGCACUUUCCGAACGUUCCUUUUUUGUCGUUUUUUGGAAGAUUGUUGCACAUAACGUUGUUUUUGUAUUCCUGUUUUUUUAUGUAUAACAUUACCGAUUAUACAUAUAUUGUGACAUGAAAGAACGCGUAUAAUAAACUUGAAAGAGUAAUAAUUA